AUGAACUAUCUUUCCCUGUACAGGUCGCUGUUGAAGCGAAUUCACGCAGCCCAUCGCCAUCCGCACCAUCUGCAGGAUAUCCGCUUUAUUCUCUCCUACCCGCCUGUGGACGCCAACUCCUGCACUUCCAAGACGUCUUGUGAGAGAUGCGAUUUCAAUCAGCAGCAGCAACAGCGCGCGGGCCCGUCUCAGAUUGUCCGGGCCUGCUGUGAAGAUCUUCGCUGUGCGUUGCUGCCAUCUACAGGAGUCGAAGAUGCCUUGUUGACGUCCCCGGCUUUGUCUCCUGUUGCGCAACAGUUUAUUAACCUGCGUGAGUUGGUGUGGCUCAAGACGAGGCUGGAAAAAAUUGUCAGCGACUCAACCCAAAAAAUAGUGAGGGAGGCAGAAAUGGUGGCAUCUGAACUCAGCGAAAAUGACUUCCUCGACGACGCAGUUUUUGACGAGAAGGACCCCACCAAAAACUUGGAGACAGACGAUGCGUUGAUGCCUCACAGUGACAGCGAAGGAGACGAGCGGGCCACUGGCGUGGCCUCAGCAGCGGAACUUGGACUUAGAAGGGAAAUGUUUGUACUGCGACAUCUUGCCCCUUUUCCCCUGGCAAAACACUACUUGAGUUCCUUCAACAUGGAGCCCCGCGCCGUAUUGGCUGCGGCAACGAGCACUGAGCGGCUGAUAGAUUUUGCCCGGCGUCAUAUUCCGCGCCGUGUCGAGUGCCGCAACGCAGAUCUCACUCUCACGGUGUCAGUGCGGCUGUUUGAUGCCGCACUGCAGGGGAAGCUUCCGGAGCAGGGUUCUCCCUUCUCCCAGGCCUACCGUUGCUUCAUGUUGCAGUUUGACUUGCAGCCGCAUGAUCCCGCAGCCCGAAUAGAAGUGGUGAACUCAUAUUUUCUGCGGCUCGAUGUCGCAUCCUCUGAGCUUCUUGAGGACGUCGGCUACGUGCAUGCGGCUCAUGUGUGGACGCUGGUUCAGGAACCGUUUAGAGGAAUUGGAAAAUGCGGUGGUAGCAGUGGUAACGGAGAUUGUAGUGACUCCCGCAACGCUGAGGCUGCCGCUGAGGAGGAUUAUCGUCACAAUCAAAAUGAGGGAGAGAAUGAGGAGGUAUUGUCGCGGUUUGAAUUGAGUUUUGUGAACCCAGGUGAUAAUCCGAUGGUGAUGAAGGGGCAGUUGUACUACGUUUUGCGCAUGGACAGUGACAAAUCACCCACAUGUGAGCUUCCCGUGCGUGUCAUCUCCUUUGGGCAUCUUCUUCUGUUUAAUGGCAACGAAUGA